AUGCCCAGAAAGACUGAUGUGGAGGAGGUGGGGAUUGAUAUAGACGAGGACGCGAGUGACAGCGAUGGUGAGAGGCAGGCGGGAGGAAGAGGAGGCGCCAGGGGGAGGGGCAGAGGCAAAAAGCCGGCCAGCGACGAGGACGAGGACGAGGAGGAAGAAGACGAGGCUCCCAGGGGACGCAGGGGAGCAAACAGGAAGAAGCCGGCCAAGAAAGGCGGCGGGGAUGAAGAGAGCGAAGACGAGGCCCCCAAGAGGAAGAGGGGAGCUGCAGUCAAUCGGAGGAAAGGUGGCAAAGCCCAGGACAGCGAGGAGGAGGACAGUGACGACGCCAAGGGGAAGAAAGGAAGGAAAGGAGGGAAGAAAGGAGGGAAGGAGGCGGAGGAGGACAGCAAGGGCAAGAAGGGGGACGCCAAAGGAAAGGACAAGGGCAAAGACAAGGAUGACGACAAGGACAAGAAGAAAAAGAAGAAGAAGGAUGACAGUUCUUCCGACUCCAACUCCAACUCGGAGGAAGAGGAGUCCAUGUCGGAGGGAGAGAUGGCUCGGCUGAUGGAGGAGGUGGAGGAGAAGAAGAAGCUGAUCGCCAACAUCAGGAACAAACCGUGGAGGAUGAAGCGGAGGCUCACACACCUGAGGGAGGCUCAACAGUUUGUGGAUAAAUUUGAAGGAGCUUUGGGGAAAGGGAAAGGCAGGAAGUGGUACGCCUACAAAGUGAUGAUGACAAAGAAAUGGAUCAAGUUUCAGAGAGACUUUGAGAACUUCAGAACAGCGUGUAUCCCAUGGGAGAGGAAGAUCAAAGAGGUUGAAAGUCACUUCGGCUCAUCUGUGGCGUCUUACUUUAUCUUCUUACGCUGGAUGUAUGGCAUGAACCUGGUUCUCUUUGGAUUCACGUUCGGUCUGGUGGUCAUCCCCGAGGUGCUGAUGGGUCUUCCAUAUGGAUCCAUCCCCCGGAAAACUGUUCCCAGAGCUGAACAAGACACGGCUCAGGACUACUCAGUCCUCAUGGACUUCAAUGGUUACUGUAAGUACUCGGUGCUCUUCUAUGGAUAUUACAACGACCAGAGGACCAUCGGCCUGCUCAAGUUCAGGCUGCCUCUGUCCUACCUCAUGGUCGGGAUCGGCAACUUUGGUUACAGCCUGAUGCUGGUGAUCCGCACAAUGGCCAAGAAUGCUGACGUUGGCGGCGGGGACGGGGAGGAGGGAGAGUUCACCUUCGCCUGGAAGAUGUUCACCAGCUGGGACUACCUCAUCGGGAACUCAGAGACAGCGGACAAUAAAUACGCUUCCAUCACCACCAGCUUCAAGGAGUCCAUCGUAGAUGAGCAGGAGAACCAGAAGGACGAGAACAUCCACCUGCGCCGCUUCCUCAGGGUCCUGGCGAACUUCCUGAUCACCUGCAGCCUGGGAGGCAGCGGGUACCUCAUCUACUUCGUGGUGAAACGCUCCCAGGAGUUCGCCACCAGGGACGACCUCAGCUGGUACGAGAAGAAUGAGCUGGAGAUCAUCAUGUCCCUGCUGGGCCUGGUGUGUCCCCCUCUGUUUGAGACCAUCGCAGAGCUGGAGGACUACCAUCCACGAAUCGCCCUCAAGUGGCAGCUGGGACGCAUCUUCGCCCUCUUCCUGGGAAACCUUUACACCUUUUUGUUCGCCCUGUUCGACGAGGUCAACACCAAGCUAGAGGAAGAGGAGGCCAUUAAGAAUGCCUCCAUUUGGGCCAUGAAGGAAUACUACGCCAACUUCUCCCGUCUGGUCAAUGACAGCGAGGCCACGCCGCCUCCCAUGGACCCUUCAGACGUCAUCCGGGGGCCCUGCUGGGAGACGGCUGUCGGAAUAGAGUUUGUGAAGCUGACAGUGUCAGACAUCCAGGUGUCCUACCUCACCAUCCUGAUCAUGGAUUUUGCCAGAGCCGUCAUUGUGCGCUUCCUCAACUACUGCUGGUGCUGGGACCUGGAAGCUGGAUUCCCGUCCUACGGGGAGUUUGACAUCAGUGGAAACGUCCUGGGACUGGUCUUCAACCAAGGGAUGAUCUGGAUGGGAGCCUUUUACGCUCCGGGGUUGGUCGGCAUCAACGUUCUCCGCCUCCUCAGCUCCAUGUACUACCAGUGCUGGGCUGUGAUGGCCACCAACGUCCCCCACGAGAUCUUCAAGGCCUCCAAAUCAAACAACUUCUACAUGGGUCUGCUGCUCCUGGUCCUCUUCCUGAGCCUGCUGCCCGUCGUCUACACCAUCAUGACCCUGCCACCUUCCUUUGACUGCGGCCCGUUCAGUGGGAAGGUCAAAAUGUUCGAUGUGGUUAUGGAGACCAUAGAUUUGGACUUGCCGGCCUUCAUGGGGACACUCUUCAGCUAUGUGGCCAAUCCAGGCCUCAUUAUACCGGCUGUGCUGCUCAUGGUACUCGCCAUCUAUUAUCUGAACUCGGUGUCUGAGGCCUACAAGAACUCCAACAUGGAGCUGAAGAAGAAGAUGCAGAUGGCUCGGGAUGAGGAGAAGAACCGGAGGAACAACACAGACAGCACCAACCAGGUCAUGAAGGACCUGGAGGACCUGCUGCCCAAUCGGUCCCUGGCCCCCCCGGCCCCGCCAGAACCCGAAAAACCUCCGGCGCAUGAAGCAAAACCAACCAAGACGAAGCCCGGGUCGGCUGGGAAAGGCGUCAACCUGGAGAAAGAUGUGACUCUGGCGUCGCCCAACCCCAACACCAGAGGGCCUGUCAACCGGGCACCGGGACCACGAGGACCUGGACCGGGACCGGGUCCGGGGGCAGGUCGAGGCCGGGGCAGAGGACCUCCACCAAGAUGA